CCGUGUUGGCAAUGAUGAUCUGGCAAAGAUUGCAUCACUGGUUUGCAAAGAGCUGCAUGGCUGGCUGGAAGCUGUGCACUUGGUUGUCAAAACUUUGGACGUGAUUCAUACCCGAGUUUCACAAUAUGACGAAACCAGAACAAGAAGUUACAGAGAAAUGUGAUGUUCAAGGCAUUUUACAUGCGGCUUUGGUAGAAGCCAAAUGUAAGGGGAAAGUUACCUGUGGACUCUAUGAAACAGCUGAAGCACUGGAAAGCAAAAAUUCCCCGGAUGGAAUUUGCAUUUUAUCGAAGGGCAGUUUGGAAAGUCUUGAUGAUGGUGGUCUCCUAUUCAUGAUGGAAGCGUUUUGCAGAGAAAACAACAUUCCCAUUGUGAAGGUCAGUGAUGUCAAGAAGCUAGCGGAGAGUGUUGGUCUCAAGUCGGCACAUGAGGAUGAUGGAGAGAGUCUUAAUUGUGUUUUCAUUAAGACGUGCAGAUACAACCUCAGCAGAAAGUCACGUCCUAGUAAGAAAGUUCAUGAGCUUCUAAGACUGUGCAACUGUUUUGCCAAAAGAGGAAUGCAAGUUGUUGCUGAUGUUGAGUAAUGUUGAAAAGGCAACAAAAGAUUUCCUAAUUGACAGAAUCAAAUGAUUUUAGCAUACCAGUUCCAUAUGAUCUGGUUGUUACAGGUUUUGGCAGCUAAUGCAUUCUGGUUCCAAGAGGAAUGUAUUUUACAAAUUGAACUGUGGGUUUAGUCCCAUCAUUUUUGAAAAUGAUGAACCUACCUGCCACAUAAAGUGUUGCUAACAGUUCCAGUCUAUGAGAUGCUUUGAAAGAUGAAGAAACAUUUACCCUUCUUUCCAUUCCGAAUAGGACAUUAAAUCAAAUUGUAUUUCAAGGAUAUGUAUGGACAUUAGUUUACAUCUAUGUAUCCGAUCAGAUAAAAAAAGUAUGAUAUAAAGAGUUGAAUCUUAUCUGCUUACAUGUCAGCUGAUUCAUUUGUCUAGUCCCUGUAUCAGGGAUGAUCAGCCUCUUUUGCCAGGCCAAUUUUGUGUUGUUUGUUUUUUGCAUCUGGUCUGUAGGAAAAAGGUUGCUGUGCCCUUUCUUUAGAUACAAAUGCAUAUCAAAAUGUGACACAAAUGUUGAUUGUUAGUUUUAAUGAGAGUUGACUAAUAAUAGGUGUCUUAGAAGUAUUCCUCAUUUUCAGUGGAUUAUGUAUAAGCAGCUUUUGCCACAAUGUAUAAUUUUAUUGUAAUAUAGAGUUGUCUGCAGGCAGAUAUGUAAUUGAAGCUGUGAUAUGCUUUUAAAAAUGAUUUGCAUAUUUAUAUUACAAAUGCUUUUUAAUUAUGUAGACCCAAGUUGGUAGGGUACAAGGUUGUAUCUGAAAUAGAUAUUUCACCACAGAACUCUUUCCUUCAUUUAAGAAUGCAAGCCUGUAAUAUUAGAAAACAUAGGAUUUUCUAUCCAGUUAUGCAAUUUUUUGAAAUCUUGAAAUUUAUGUCGCGGAUUUGAUAUUAUAAUUAUUCUUGUUUUGUAGCCCUGUGUGUCCUGUUAAUGUUUAUAUGUUUACAGUUUCAAUGGAAUAUUGUAAUUCAAGUAGAGUAUUUCUUAACAUAUUUCUUUGGUCAACUUUUGCAUAAUAGGUGAAAAUUAUUUUGCCUGUAGCAAAUGUGCAAAAAUUGUAUUAAAUAUUUUAAAAUAAAAAUGGUAUGUUCAUGUAUUAGUGUCUGUUUGUUGUAAGUUGUGCGUUGAUAUUUAGGCUCCUUGUAAAUUUUUAAAGGAAACAAAGUAAUGUGAUUCGUUAGAACCAUUCAAUAUAGCAAUUUGUAAAAUAUCAAUUCAUUUUCACAACGUUGCUUCA